AGUAUCCUCUAGGGAUGCUGAGCAGUGAGCCGGCGCGCGCGCACCGCACACACGUGUGUUCCAAAUUUGAUUUUUUUAGUUUUUUAAUUCGGAAUCGAAAGAUUUGAACAAUGCUUCGACACGUGGUUUUUCUAUUGGUGAUAUUGCAGCUAACACAGCUAACUUUGGUUCGAACAGCCCAACAGUACGUCAAGCUCUCAGACUCCUAUCUUCCCGUGGCCAUGCAAGUGAUAGCUCAUCUCACGGACCAGAUGGCGUUUGAAGUAAAAGACGACCCACAGCCGACCACCAAGCGACCAACCACGACCAGCAGACCGUACGUGGCGUACCUGGAUAGCUACUACCCUGCCUUCCCGGGCUUUGGGAGCGGAUGGUUCAUGAGAUAUGGGUGGAGACAGGACCAAACGACAGCCCACCACAAGCCUGGUCUCUUUGCACCUAACUUCCCUCCGAUCGACAGGAUCCUCCCCAAGAGCCCUCAGAGGUUCGUCCUAUUGCCUCUGGAGAGUAACUCCCAGUACACAGUCAUAGAACCUCUGGAGAGAAGAACAGAGGAACCGCUGCUGUCGAUACACGAGGAAGAAGUCAGCCCUCUGGUGGAGCCUAAUCCUGAGGAUCCGCCGUUGUUGCCUCCGCAUUUCCCGAGUGAUAAAGUAUCCAGAUCCGAAGACGGCGAUGAGAACCUCCAGUAUCUGUCAGAGACCGUCCGCGACAUGAUCAAGAUGGCGCGGGACCCAGACGACGAGCGGCUGGUCGACGUGUUCGGAGACGCGAGAGCUGGCCCCUUGACUGGCAACAAAGCUUCCAUGUCCUCUUCCAAUUUAAGACUUUUGCUGUUGUAUGAUCUGCUGAGUAGAGAAGCUAAGAGGCAGAAGUUGAAUGAUUUUGGCGGUUUCUCCCCAGCCGUGAUGCAGACCCUCGUUGGGUCUUCAAGUGGAGGCGCUAGGGCCCAGCUCAGCCUGGCAUUGUCCAAGAUGCUGGAGAGGAACGACUGCGAGCACCAGUACGCCAACAACAGAGCGAGGGAGAUGGUGGCCGAGCUGGCGAAAGACGAGUCCAAGCUGUCUUCAGAGAUCAGAUACCUGCAGCCCUUGGUGUACUCGUACUAGGUUUAAGACAACAAUAUACAUUGCCAUUAACUACUCUAAUAAAGAUUUAUAUUGACAUAAUCGAACAUAGCUGCUUCAAUGUGGUUAUGGUGUCUUUAUUUAUUCAACGCACAAUACAAAUAAUAUUAAGAGAUUGUUUUUAUACAAUUUUGGCUUGGGCCAGUAAAUGAAAUUUACUGUUUCGAUGUUUAAUAUUAGUUCUAUAAUUUCCACAUAGAUUUUUUUUUACGUCUAUGGCAAGAAGUGGCACGGGAUAUGACUGAAAAAUUCUAAUAUCAUAGGCCAAAGUUCACCUUGGAUCUUCGAGCCAGCUAAGUUCUUCUCUGCAUUGAAUUGUCUACAGCAUACCAUAGACACGCCCCACAUCACUACGAUUACUACAGUUAUGAAGACUACACUAACGAAGUUACAACCAAACCUCCACCAAAAAAGACAACUACACAAAAAAUGAUAGUGAAAAAUAAACCUCAGUAUGAAGUAACGGAAAAUAUAAUCGAUAUCCCCGAUGAUAAAACUGUUAAUCGAAGAAUCGAUACAACAUUCAUGAUGAACAAGUCUUUAAAUAGAGUAAAUUCUGAGCAAAAAGUAAUACAAGGAGCAGAUAAUAAGAAAAUAUAUAAAGAACAAAUGAUAAGCGAUUUAGAAAAUGAAUACAAAACGAUAAUUGAGAUGCUGGAUGGAAAGAAUCGAGAAACUCACGCACGUCUGAUCGAUAUACCAGCAGUGAUCGAUAAAAUAAAAAAAAUAUUUGUCAAUUUCAAGAAAGUCAUUGAUUUUGCCAAUGAUGGCAUCGAUUGUAUAAAUAUCCUCCGUCAAGAAAAGAAAGCGUGACUGACCGUGAAAUAGGAAUAUUUACUUUAUGUUUUACAUAAAAUUGACUUUCAAAACACUCAAUUAUGUAAAUGUUUGGUUUAAUAGACUUUUUAUUUAAUUUUAUACCAAUUAUGUUCAUAGAAUUUCAUAAAAGUGACACAAUUUUACAGUACAGACAAAACUUUUUACUGUUUUAUUAUAUGUAUUAAGUAAUUACUGCAUUUUAGUCAAAGACCGCAAAAUAGAGAAAGUUUUAAAGUCGAAUGUCAAGGUCAAAUUUUGAAUGAAGUUGCGUCGACUACAUUUCUAGGGAUAAUAAUAGAUUCAAAAUUAAACUGAAAAGAUUAUAUAGAUGUAAUGUGCAAAAGACUUUGUAGUUCCGCGUAUGUUUUAUUUAUGUUAUCAAAUGAAUUAAACACGAAAUCCCUUCUUACUGCACGUCACGGUUUAAUUGAAUCAGUUCUGAGACACGGAAUAAUUUUCAGGGGAAAUUCUACAGACAAGGAUUUAGCCUACAAAAUGCAAAAACAUUGUAUUCGCGCAAUGUUUGGUUUACAAAGUAUUGAUAGUUGUCAGCCGCUUUUUAAACAACAAAAUUCUAACACUUCCUUCACUUUACAUACUUGAGGUUGCAAUAUUUGUUAAAUGUAAUGCUCAUUUAUUCCCACGCCUUUGUGAUGUUGUGUUAAGAAAUCAUCGGGAUAAUUAUAGACUAUGUUUACACCCUUUUAAAACGGCAUUACUCAGUAACAGUAUUGUAUGUAUGGCACCUAAAAUUUAUAACAAAAUUCCACAACAUAUUAAAGAACAGAAUUUAAAUUUAUUUAAAAAGCACCUCAGGUUGCUUGCUGAUUGAUAAAUGUUAUUAUAAUUUGAACAGAUAAGAUAAUUAUUUAGUUAAUUUAGUUACUUUUAUUUAUUCAAUUUUGUUUUGUGGGAUGAUAGCGUGCUCUCCAUUUAAAUUUGCAUACCCGUGGACGGUUUUAACACCACAUUGUAAAAAAAAUGUAAACUUAUGUUUUUGCAAAUAAAUAAUCUUUGUCUUUGUCUUUGCAUUGUUAGAAAUACUAGAACUUACAAAUAAAAGUAAUGUUAUCAGUGUUAGGUAGGUACAAAGUUCUGUGAAUCUUUUAAGCGGUGAAAUUUAAGCUUUCACAUUUUUGUAAUGGCAUCUAAAAUUGAAAGCAUACCUAAGUAUGUGUAGUUUUCUAAAAUAUGUUUGUUGUAUAAUACGUAUUAAUAAAAAUUAUAAAACCCC